AUCGUUGUGGUGUGACGUAAGCAAGUGGAGCGGCAGCACGUUCUGUCACUUUACGGCGUAUGCCAGACUAGAGCGGGUGUGUGCACAAAUCAAGUUGUUGUAAAUUUCAACAAAUAUUAUUGUACGACAGUACAUUUGGCGACCCUGCAAGAGGUAAAGAGCCUAAAGAUAUCCCUCAAUAUGUCGCAAUUACCGCCAUUAGAGUCAUUAGACUGCGAUGGAGAUCCUUCGUCCGUUGGUCUACGAUGGGAAAAGUGGAAAAGAGCGCUCGAACUAUAUCUAACGGCAACAAAUAUAAAAUCGCCGGAAACAAAAAGAGCAAUACUCCUACACAUGGGUGGGCUUUCUCUACAGGAGAUAUACUAUAAUAUACCAGGUGCCCAUGUAGAUAAAGCCCCAGAAGAUAAUAGUGGGGAUAUUUACACUAUUGCGUUAGCAAAGUUAGACGAAUACUUUUCUCCAAAGCAAAGCCGUGUUUAUGAACGCCAUUUGUUUAGACUUAUUAAACAAGAAGCGGAAGAAAAAUUUGAGAAGUUUCUCGUUCGUCUUCGGAAUCAAAGCGCUAAAUGUAAAUUUCAAGUUGUAGAGGAACAUUUGAUAGAUCAAAUCACUGAAAAGUGUGAAUCGGUAGAAUUACGAAAGAAGAUCUUGACUUUAGGGGAUGAUGUAACAUUGGACAAAAUUAUUUCGGAAGCUAAUGCUUUGGAAGCAGUUCAGCGGCAAUUAAAAGGUUUUGAUGCAAGUAAAGUUCAACUUGCAGUCAAUCAUGUGAACAAAUCUUUUUCAAAAAAAGAAACUCCUGAUCCUUGCUGUCGUUGUGGUGGGAACCACCCAAGCAAUGAAAAGUCUUGUCCAGCACUCUUAAAGAAAUGUCUGAAAUGUGGUUAUGUCGGUCAUUUUCGUCGUUAUUGCAAAACCAGUAAAAAGAAGCGUAAAUUUAACGACAUUACUUCCGGAACAACAACUGUCGCUGAAUCAUCAACUAAAAAAAUUAAAACGACUAAACCUGCAGAAGAUGUACAUUACAUUUUUCAGAUUGAUGGUGAUGACACCAUCGUAUGCACAUUAGGAGGGGUGAACAUUGAUAUGCUUAUUGAUUCCGGCAGCAAGUGUAACAUAAUUAAUGAUGCUACUUGGGAAAAUCUUAAAUCCUUGAACAUUAUAGUGAAAAAUCAGGUCAAAUCUCCACAGAAAAACUUUGUGGCUUACGGAAGCCAAAAUCCCCUCACUGUUUUGGGAGCAUUUGAUUCUUCUAUCGUCAUUUCAAACGGAUGUAAAUUAGAUGAAGAAACUUUUUAUGUGGUGAAAGGUGGCACAAAAAACUUGCUCGGGAAAGACACCGCUAUCAAACUAGGAGUAUUGAGGGUAGGACUCCCGCAGAACUGUUUUUUAGACGACAAUUUCGUGACAAGCUGCCUUCCCUCUUAGAUGUUGAGUUCGCAGAUUGCGACCAAGAAACCAGAGAUAGAGAUACAGAAAUGAAAUCAAAAGGUAAAGAAUAUGCUGACAAGAAGAGACAAGCUAAGGAAACAGACAUUCAAAUCGGGGAAAAGGUUUAUACAAAGAAUUUAAUAAAAGAAAAUAAAUUGUCUACAACAUUUAACAAUGUACCUUAUACAGUAACAAAACAGAAAGGAAACGACAUGGAAAUAGAAAAUGAAGAAACGGGACAGCGAUUGCGUAGAAAUGUGGUACAUUUAAAAAGAGUUGAAGGAAAAUGGGAAGUAUGUAAUGACGGAAAUGAAGAACAUAAAAAUGAUUCCGACAGCGAAAACAUCUCAGUCGAUAAUAAUUAAGAUUUGUAAACUCUGGUUGAAUGUCACUUAAAUAAUUCAUGAUUUCAUUGUUAUUAGAAAAUGUUGUUUUGUUUAUUUCAAUUUUUGUAAAAGGUAGAUGUAAUGUAUUGCAUCAAUAAAUGACAAUCGUUGUGGUGUGACGUAAGCAAGUGGAGCGGCAGCACGUUCUGUCACUUUACGGCGUAUGCCAGACUAGAGCGGGUGUGUGCACAAAUCAAGUUGUUGUAAAUUUCAACAAA